AUGGCGACCGCACGCCCGGCCCUACGCUUCUGCUCUUCAUUGAGAAAGAUCCAUCCCGUACCUCUCGUCCGAACACACACUCCCGCACGGCACUUCUUCAAUAUCCCGAGCCUUCCCUCCUCCUCCGAGCCGCAAGUCCUCACUGCCACCCGAACUCUACCCUAUCCUUCCGCUCAGCUUUACGACGUCAUCUCCGACGUGGACUCAUACUCCUCGUUCGUCCCAUACUGCGCCCAAUCCCGCGUCACACAAUGGACUGGCCCUGACGAGAAUGGACGAAGGUGGCCUACACAGGCCGACCUGCGCGUUGGUUGGGGCGGAUUCGAAGAGACAUUCACUAGCAAACUGCGGUGCAUCCCGGGCCAGAGCGUUGAGGCAAUCAGCGGAGCGGAUGUCAAGGGUGCCAGCCCGGGAAACGGAGGGGAGGGCGGUGCAGUGUUCAGAAGUCUCGUGACCAAGUGGCAGCUUCGGCCGCUCGCUACAGGUACGGGCACCGAGGUGGAUCUGGUUAUCAGGUUCCAGUUUGCAAACCCGCUGUACGCGGCUGUGAGCGCCGCCGUUUCCGAGAAGGUGGCCGGCGUCAUGAUCCAAGCAUUUGAGAAGCGUGCCAAGUCUGUUUUGAGCAGACCCAGGAUAUAA